CUAUUCUCUCACUAGUAUUCAAUUACAUAGCAAUGGAUUUUCUGGGCCAAUCUCUCCAUCUAUUGGAAACCUAACAAAUCUCGGAGACUUAACCUUAGCUGAUAACAGACUUUAUGGUCUAAUUCCUCAAUCUAUUGGUAACAUGAUCAAUUUAGUCCAACUUUUUCUGCAAAAUAACAGUCUUUCAGGACAUAUUCCUUCCACCAUAGGAAACAUGACAAAGCUCAAUACUUUGGUAUUGAUGAAGAACAAUCUUGGUGGUCAACUUCCACGAGAAAUGAAUAACUUAAGUUGGUAUAAUUUACAACUGGGUGGUAAUCAUUUCCAUGGUCAUUUGCCACAACAGAUUUGUCAAGAUAACAGAUUAUAUAGGUUUGUUGCUAGAGGUAACCAGUUCACUGGUCCUAUUCCAACUAGUUUGAAGAAUUGUUCUAGUCUAGAAAGACUUAUGCUUCAGAAUAACCAAUUAGUUGAUAAUAUCACAGAUGCCUUUGGAGUAUGUUCUCGUUUGGACUACAUUGAUCUAAGUGGAAAUCAAUUGUAUGGCCACCUUUCAUCCAAGUGGGGAAAGUGUCAAAGUCUCACAUGGUUGAUUAUUCAUAAUAACAAGCUUUCUGGGGAUAUGCCACCAGAACUAGGGGAGGCAGCUAAGCUUGGUUUACUUGACUUGUCUUCAAAUCUUUUGUCUGGACAAAUUCCAAAACAACUUGGGAAGUUGACCAUGUUGACAAAACUCUCUCUGACCCACAAUAACUUCUUUGGUAGCAUCCCCUCAAAUAUAAGAUCACUUAGUCAGCUUGAAACUUUGGAGCUAGCAGCAAAUAAUUUCAAUGGCACAAUCACAAGAGAGCUUGGGGAAUUAAAAAGCUUAAAGUUCUUGAACUUAAGCAAAAACAAAUUUGAUGAAAGCAUUCCCCUUGAGUUUGGUCAACUCCAACAUCUUGAACAACUUGAUCUUAGUGACAAUUUGUUAACUGGAACAAUACCAGCAAGACUUGGAAUGUUACCUGCAUUGCAGGUAUUGAACCUCUCACAUAAUAAUCUCAAUGGCACCAUUCCUUCCACUUUCAGUGGACCAAUGUCAGCUUUGUCUAUAGUUGAUAUAUCAUACAAUGAAUUAGAAGGCCUCAUUCCAAACAACCCAGCCUUUCACAACAUUGAUGCGUUGAGGAAUAAUAAAGGGUUGUGUGGUGAUGUCGCUGGUUUAGGUGCCUGUGGUGAUCUUCAAACAAAUGGACAUGGCCAUAAGAGUAAAAAGUUCCUAAUAAUAUUCCUUCCAUUGGCCAUACUACUAUUAUUAAUUGUUGGAGCAUCUUUCAUUUUGGCUCGAAUAGCAACAAAAGCCAAAAGCAAAGAUGGAGAAGGUUCACCAGAAGAUGUUUAUUUUGUAUGGAGUCUUGAUAGAGAAGUAACAUAUGAAGAUAUCAUUGAAGCCACAAAGGAAUUUGAUGAAAGAUAUCUCAUUGGGAAAGGGGGCCAAGGAAGUGUUUAUAGGGUUGAGUUGCCUACAGGUGAUGUUGUUGCUGUAAAGAAGCUUCAUUCAAUGCCAAGUGGGGACAUCUCCAACAAGAAAGCUUUCACAAGUGAGAUUCAAGCUUUGACAGAAAUCAAGCAUCGUAACAUUGUGAAGUUGUAUGGGUUUUUUUCCAAUUCACAAUUCUCCAUUCUGGUUUAUGAGUUCUUGGAAGGUGGCAGCUUGGACAACAUACUAAAGAAUCCAAAACAAGCCACUAAGUUCGAGUGGAGUAAGAGGGUAAAUGUUGUUAAAGGUGUGGCUAAUGCUUUAUUUCAUAUGCAUCAUGGUUGUUCAAUUCCCAUUGUUCAUCGUGACAUAUCAAGCAAGAAUGUUCUUCUAAGUUCUGACUAUGAAGAAGCUCGUGUCAUUGACUUUGGAACAGCAAAGUUUUUGAAUCCUAACUCAAACAAUAUGACCACAUUUGCUGGCACAUUUGGCUACGCUGCACCAGAGAUUGCUUUCAUUAUGCAAGCAAAUGAGAAAUGUGAUGUUUAUAGCUUCGGAGUAUUGACCUUAGAAAUCAUUAUGGGUACACAUCCCGCGGAGCUUAUUUCAUCUUUGGCAGAGAAUUCAACCAAUAAUGAUUUGUUGUUAAGCGACGUGUUGGACCCACGACUUUCUCCACUCACAAAACCAAUCCAAGAUGAUGUGAUCUUAGUUGCAAAAAUAGCUUUUUCUUGCUUGAAAGAGACUCCUAACUCUCGUCCAACCAUGGAACAAGUAUCUAGGGAGCUUGCAAGGACACUAAAAUCCUAUUCAGAGGAUCAAUUUCACACCAUCACAAUUGGACAACUAAUGAGGGGUUGA